GGCACUCUGCUUCCGGGUCAGAAGAGGCCGGGCAACGAGAUGGGGAAGAUGGCGGCGGCCGUGGGCUCUGUAGUGACGUUGGCGGCCGAGCCAGGGGAGGACGCCUUUCGGAAGCUUUUCCGCUUCUACCGGCAGAGCCGCCCCGAUUCCGCAGACCUGGGAGCGGUCAUUGACUUCUCGGCGGCCCAUACAGCCCGCGGCACGGGGCCUGAUGCCCGCAAGGUGAUCAGAUCUCAGCUGAGUGUGUCUUCAGUCAGUGACCAUGAUGCACAUAGAGCAGGACUUCAGCCAGUAAGCAAGUGGCAAGCCUAUGGACUCCAAGGCUAUCCUGGAUUUAUUUUUAUCCCAAACCCCUUCCUCCCAGGUUACCAGUGGCACUGGGUGAAGCAGUGUCUUAAGUUAUAUUCCCAGAAACCUAAUGUGUGUAACCUGGACAAACACAUGACUAAAGAAGAGACCCAAGACCUCUGGGAACAGAGCAAAGAGUUUCUGAGGCUUAAGGAAGUGAAUAAACGGAGACCCCGAAGUUUACUAGAGAAGUUGCGCUGGGUGACCCUAGGCUACCAUUAUAACUGGGACAGUAAGAAAUACUCAGCCGAUCAUUAUACACCUUUCCCUUCUGACCUGGCUUUCCUCUCAGAGCAAGUAGCCGCAGCCUGUGGAUUUCAGGGUUUCCGAGCCGAGGCAGGCAUCCUAAAUUACUACCGAUUGGACUCCACUCUGGGAAUCCAUGUAGACAGAUCUGAACUAGAUCACUCCAAACCCCUGCUGUCUUUCAGCUUCGGACAGUCUGCUAUCUUUCUCCUGGGUGGUCUCAAAAGAGAUGAAGCCCCCACGGCCAUGUUUAUGCACAGCGGUGACAUCAUGGUAAUGUCAGGUUUCAGCCGCCUGUUGAACCAUGCAGUCCCGAGGGUCCUCCCAAGUUCUCAGGGGGAAGGCCUGCCUUGCUGCCUGGAGACGCCUCUCCCAGCCGUCCUCCCCAGAGACUCAGUGGUAGAGCCCUGCUCUGAGGAGGACUGGCAGGUAUGCACCAGCUACUUGAAAACGGCUCGUGUUAACAUGACUGUCCGACAGGUAUUGGCCAUAGACCAGGACUUCCCUUCGGAACCCACAGAGGAGAAGAAAAGAGACAUCACCACAGAAGGUUUCUGCCAUCUGGAUGAUGAGAAUAGCCAAGUAAAACGAGCAAAGUUAAACCCUGACAGCUGAGACUUGGAGAGCCCGUUCUUUUGCUCAGGCAGGUCUUAAGUAAAUGACCACACUUUUUGUAUUGCUGUAGACUUCAGCACCAAGACAAGCCAAAAACAGGGAAAAACUCAUCAUCAAUCACACUGUUGCCUUGGAACCCAUCCUGAAGAGGAAAGCAAUUCAUCACUCUGCUCAGAGACCGUUUGCUAUGGUCCAGUCUGGUUAGGUGUUGGCACUAAUGUACGUGAGAAGUCCAAGGAGCUUUGACCUUCCAGAACAGCCCUCUCAGCCUCUGCCGUUACCUCUGGGGGAGGUAGAAGUGAGUUUCCACAUUAAUGGAGCUUUAUUAAAUACCUCAGAUUUUAUUAAUGGGAAACAUAACGUUAAGCCCCUGCCACUACCCCAUCUGGUGAUUUGUGGUUAGAUUGUGCUUCCAAGAGCCAACUGUUCGCCUCCCUUUCAUCCUACUAGCCAUCCUCAGAGUCUGCGAUUUUCUCUUCCAGCUUUUCUGGCCUUCACAAAAGAGUCCUAUACACAUUAAGAUAGCGGAACUAGACAUCUCAUCUCCUAGAAAAGAAAUCAAUCAUAGUUGUCUGUCUUGCCUAAAAGAUAAAGUAUACCUAAAUCCAAGGAAAGGGGAAUAGGAGUUUCUCCGGAUUUCUUUUAGGUCUAAACUCUUCCUGUUGACUUUUUAAAUGCAAUUUUAAUUGUUGGACUAAAAAAGCCCCAAGGGUGUUCUGUAACUGUUUUCUCCAUGAAUAAACUUUCUCUAUUUUAAAUUAAAGAUCUGUAUCUAUUUUUGAGGGUUAACAUAUCUGGGAUUAGUUUUUUCCUAUUUUUACUUGCUGCAUUGUUCAUGCUGUAGAAGCCCUCCAGCUGUUUCUGCCCUAUACCAUCCUGCUCUGCCCUUAGUAUUCUUUGUGACUGUCACACAAGAGAGAAUCUGUUUUGAUAUUCCAGUCACUGCUAUCUUUUGUGAUUGUGGACAGCUUGGAAAAUGCAUGAAGCACCAAGUGUUAAUCUUUGUGCCCCCAGCAACUUGAAUCACGGUACCCUUAGCUGAGUUGUUCUCCAUUUCUCUGGACUCCAGACCGCCGUUUCCUCAUUCAGAGAUGAAGAUAAUAUUUACUACCAUCUUCUAGGGAAUAUUAAUAUUUCAAAUGAUAAUGGGAAUUUAGUGCUCCUUUCUAGAAAUGUAGUGUCAAUAUUUUAUUAUUACGUGGGCUCUUAGAAACAUCCCUGUUUGUUUGUUUAUGUGGACGACUGGCUGGAAGCCACUUGGCUACCUGCUGCUUGCGGCGAACCUUCAUUCCUCUGUCCUGCCUUCUUUUUUUUUUUCCUUAGGAACAUUGUAUAUUGAGUUCAUGUUUUAAUCCUUGUUUUCUAAGAAAUAAAAAUAGAUUCAUCCGUUAUGUGUAAGUAGUGAGGCUCUAAACUUAGUGCAUGAUAGGAAAAUUUUAUGUAAUUAAAAUUACCACUGGAAAAAUCCCUUAAAUUUUCCAUAGUGUACAUUAUAUGUGACCCACUAGAAACGAACAUACUGUCAUUAGCAAAUCCAAUAGAUCAGCCUAUCCUUCAGCAUUAGGAUAGUUGGUUCUUUAUUCAGUUGAGUAUCAGAUAAAGGUGUUGGCUUGUGGUUAGGACCAGUGUGGUACAAAAAAGUACAUACUCAAAAUGUAAACUCACACUCCAUGAGGUGAGAUAUGUAUGCUGUGAAAAGCAUGUGGAAACUGCGGCGAACCGAGGGAAUAGCAACCGGUCUCCCAGCCUGUGCUCCCUCUAAGGAUGUGCCGAUUGAGUGGGACAGUGGGCAAACUUGUGUAUACCAUUAAAUGCUCUCUCAUUUUUAUUUAUGUCUGUUUUUAUGAGGAACAUAGUUGGAGAUGUAUAUACUGCAUCUCUACUUUGACAGCAAGCAGAAAAUUAUGCAAUUCAGGAAAAAGGAAAAAUUGAUGAUUUCUUCCACAUUUACAUGACGGUGAUCCCCUAGGUUUGUUUUAGUUGUCUACCAGACAUUUUCUAAGUCAAGAGUCAGCAAAUUCUGACCCACUUCCUGUUUGUGUACUGCCCACGGACUAAGAAUAGUUUUUACAUUUUUAAGUGGCUGGGGAGAAAAAAGUUAAAUGAAUAAUAUUUUUGUGACCUAUGAAAAUUAGAGGAAAUCCAGAUUUCUGUGUCCAUAAAUAGUGUUAUGAGAACACAGUCACAUUCAUUUCUAAAAAAAAUUUUUUAAUGUUUAUUUUUGAGAGACCGACCACAAGCAGGGGAGGGGCAGAGAGAGAGACACACACACACAGAAUCCGAACCAGGCUCCAGGCUCUGAGCUGUCAGCACAGAGCCCAACGCAGGGCUUGAACUCAUGAACUGAGAUCAUGACCCGAAGUCGAUCGCCUAACCCUCUGAGACACCCAUGCCCCCCUACAGUCACAUUCAUUUAUAGACAACCCAUGGUUGCUUUGUCAUGCUCGAAUGACCCCUAGACUAAGGAACCUGAGACCAGGAGAAGGGACCAAGGGGAAGAUCUUUUUUUUUAUUCAUUAUUUUAUAACAAAGAUGCAGAGUGAUACUCAGUACAAUCUAGGAUGUAUGUGAUGUCAAGAGUAGAGUCACAGGGCACCUGGAUGGCUCAGUUGGUUAAGCAUCUGACUUUGGCUCAGGUCAUGAUUUCGCGAUUUGUGAGUUCAAGCCCCGCAUAGGGCUCUGCACUGACAGCUUGGAGCCUGGAGCCUGCCUCGGAUUCUGUGUCUCCCCUUCUCUCUGCUCCUUCCCUAAAUCAUGCUCUGUCUCUGUUUCUCAAUAAUAAAUAAACAUUAAAAAAAAAAAAUGGAGUCACAGUGUUAAGCCUGGGGAAACUGAUACUCAUAGGAUACUCUGCUGGUGGGAAUGUUAUCACAGUCCUAAAUUCUGUCCCCUUGUCCUCUCAGAAGUGAUGUGGUUUGAUGAUAAGUCAGAUGGUCUUAAAUCUGUUUUACAAUGUGUACCAUUUAACCCAAUAAAUGUCACUUCUAGGAACUGAGUGUAAGGAAGUAGCGCUGUUCACAAGAUGUUUGUGUAAGAAUGUUUGUAAUAGUGAAAGUCCAAAAUAAGCUCAAUAUCCAGGAGUUGAUUGGUAAAUUCAUGUAUUCAUUCAGUAAGUGGUUAUUGAGCACUGUUUUCUAUGCAAGAGGUGCUGUUCUUUGCACAAAGUACCUGCCUUUGUGGUUCUGUGCUAGUGAGUGUGUGCUAUACCCGUACAGUGGAAGUCUGUAGCCAUUAAAAGUUAUGGUUUCAGGGCACCUGGGUGGCUCAGUCAGUUAAGCGUCUGACUUCGGCUCAGGUCAUGGUCUCACUGUUCAUGAGUUUGAGCCCCAUGUCGGGCUCUGUGCUGACAGCUCAGAGCCUGGAGCCUGCUUCGGAUUCUGUGUCUCCUCUCUCUGCCCCUCCUCCACUCUCACUCUGUCUCUCUCUCUCUCUCUCUCUCUCUCUCU